UCUUACAUUUCCAUUCAAUCAAGUUCCGAGAGAAGGGCGUUGGAAGGCUCCUGCGCUUCCCCCCUUCUCUCUCUCCUCAACGGGAGCUGGAUCGCCCUCAACCAUAACCAAAAAAUCCUAGAAAUCCACUCCAUCUCCAUUGAUCCAAGGUCCUCACCUCUCUUUUCUGAAAUCUUCUAUUUGGCUUUCUCAGUCUAGAAUGGCGGCCUCUAGAAUGCUCAGGGGCCUGCAAUCUCAACCAGGGAACAAGAUCUGUGUCGAUUGCUCUCAGAAGAACCCCCAAUGGGCCUCUGUCUCCUAUGGAAUCUUCAUGUGUCUCGAAUGCUCAGGGAAACACAGAGGACUUGGCGUUCACAUAAGUUUUGUCCGAUCUGUAACUAUGGAUGCCUGGUCGGAGAUCCAGCUCAAGAAAAUGGAGAUCGGAGGUAAUGACAAAUUCAACAACUUUCUCGCUCAAUAUGGUAUCCCUAAAGAAACAGAUAUAAUCCCCAAGUACAACAGCAAUGCAGCGAGCAUUUACAGGGAUAGGGUCCAAGCUUUAGCAGAAGGUAAGGCAUGGAAGGAUCCACCUGUUGUCAAAGAAUCAAUGGCAAAAAAGCCACCUUUAGCUGGUAACUCGAAGAAAUCGGGCAUGAAUUCUGAUGGUGAUUGGGGUAGUUGGGAUAAUGGUGUCGAUAAUCGAUCAGACAUGAGGAGGAAUCAAUCUGAAAGUGAUUUUAGGUAUGGCGGUGGAGGGAGUGGGCCUACGAGAUCGAGGUCAUCUGAUGAUAUUUAUACAAGAUCACAGCUUGAGGCUUCAGCUGCGAGUAAAGAGAGUUUUUUUGCGAGAAAAAUGACGGAGAAUGAGUCAAGGCCAGACGGUAUACCACCCUCGCAAGGGGGGAAGUAUGUUGGUUUUGGAUCUGAUGGUGGUAGGCAGCCUCAGAGGAAUAGCUAUAAUCCGCAAGGUGAUGUUUUGAGGGACACAGUUUCGGUUAUGUCUCAGGGAUUUGGUCGUCUCUCAGUUGUUGCAGCUUCUGCUGCACAGUCUGCAGCUAAUGUAGUUCAAGCAGGAACGAAGGAGCUCACUUCUAAGGUGAGAGAAGGGGGCUAUGAUCACAAGGUUAACGAGACUGUGUCAGUGGUUGCGUCCAAGACUACCGAGAUUGGGCAGAAGACAUGGGGGUUAAUGAGAGGGGUCAUGGCCAUUGCAUCCCAAAAGGUGGAGGAAUACACAAAAGAAGGAAUUACCAAGUUCUCAGAUAAUCACCAAAACCACAAUGGGUACUCUGGUGAGGGAAAUGGUGGCUAUUAUCAUGCUUUCAGCGAGGAAAAUAGUAAAGGUUCGGAUCAUAAUCAGAAGAAUGGUUAUGAUAGAAGUGAAUCUUCAUACUCAUGGGAUGAUUGGGGUAGAAAAGAGGAUAAAGUAAAGGAUGAUAAAGGGGCACAAGGAGGUGGGGAUGGUUGGGCAGGUUGGGACGAUGUGAAAGACGAAGACCACAAUGAUUUCUUUGAAGCUUCAACCAAAGGCAGUUCUGACAAGCAUGGGAAAUCUGAGUCUUCUUGGACGGGAGGUGGCUUCCUCUAGCUUAUGUUUGUGGGUUUAGCUGGGCCUUUGAGAUGGGUCUAAAGUCUAGAUAAGUCUUUUUCAUUUAUAAUUAUUGAUGAUUGUAUGAUGCCUGUUUACAUGGGUUUAGUGCCAGUGUAAACAGAUACUAGGGUUUUGUGGGUCCUAUUGACUGCAGAAACUAGGUUUACCUGUUGUGUUUGUUUUCUUUUCGUUUUUUUGUAUUUUUCUUUUCUUUUCUGGUGCUUGAAUGCAGUUCAUCAAGAAAAUGCAAGUCAAAGUUGGUUGAUUCUUUC